GGAAUCUCAUUUACGACCAAACGCUACAUUGCACUGCUCUGCAAGUAUAGUGUUCAAAUUAAUUAUAAUCUUCACUUCCUCUCUUAUUUCUCUACUUUGACAACGUAGAGCACUGCUGCUCUUUCUCAUAAUUUUGACUUCAAGAAGACGAUCAACUCCAGUUUCUCAACCCACCUCAUCCCUAUCUUCUUCUCUCAAAACCUUCAUGGCUUCUCUGCUUAUACCUUUCUAUGUACCCAAAAGCACUUUACUACUUGCUGUCUCUCAAGGUUUAUCGCCAAGAUACGCCCUCACAAAAUCAAAAGCUUUCCUCAUUCCAAGCAACCCCUUUUCACCAAAUCCUGGAGCUCUUAUCAAAUGUACAUCAUCUGUUUCGAGCUUAACUCCACAACUAGAUGAAACCCUAGUUUAUCAAGAAGACGAGAGGCCUUUGACUGAAAUUUGGAAGGAUAUCCAAGGCUGUAAUGACUGGGAAGGACUGUUAGACCCAAUGAACUCCCAUCUCCGCAAAGAAAUCAUUCGCUAUGGAGAGUUCGCUCAAGCGUGCUACGAUUCUUUCGAUUUUGAUCCUCACUCUAAGUAUUGUGGUACAUGCAAGUACCAAGGAUCUCAUUUCUUUGAUAAGCUUGAUAUGCACGGCCAUGGUUAUCAAAUAAGCAGAUACCUGUAUGCUACUUCAAAUAUUAACCUUCCAAAUUUCUUCCAAAAAUCUAAGCUAAGUAACAUAUGGAGUACGCAUGCAAAUUGGAUGGGGUACGUUGCUGUCACCACCGAUGAAGAGGAGAUCAUACGGUUAGGCCGCCGCGAUAUAGUCAUAGCAUGGAGAGGCACAGUCACUUAUCUAGAGUGGAUAUACGAUCUUAAAGACAUCCUCUGCUCUGCUAAUUUCAUUAACGAUCCAUCUAUCAAGAUUGAACUAGGGUUUUAUGAUUUAUACACCAAGAAAGAAGACUCUUGCAAGUAUUGCACAUUCUCGGCUCGUGAACAAGUUUUAGCUGAGAUUAAGAGGCUUCUUGAUUAUUAUAGAGGUGAAGAAAUCAGUAUUACGCUGACGGGUCAUAGCCUAGGGGCAGCUUUGGCUGUAUUAAGUGCUUAUGAUAUUGCAGAGAUGAAGCUUAAUUACAUGGAUGAUGGAACUGAAAUUCCCAUCACAGUCUACUCUUUCUCAGGCCCUAGAGUGGGGAAUCUCAAAUUUAAAGAACGAUGCGAUGAGCUUGGAGUUAAAGUGCUAAGAGUAAUUAAUGUUCGUGAUAAGGUUCCAACAGUGCCAGGAAUUCUAGCAAACGAGAAGUUCCAAUUCCAAAAGUAUGUGGAGGAUACAAUAUCUUUUCCUUGGAGCUAUGCACAUGUUGGAGUGGAACUUGCAUUGGAUCACACUCACAGUCCAUUUCUAAAGCCGACAAAUGAUCUUGCUUGUGCCCAUAAUCUUGAAGUCCAUUUACACUUAGUGGAUGGGUACCAUGGCAAGGGAAGGCGAUUCUUUCUAGCAACAAAGAGAGACAUUGCCCUUGUUAACAAGAGUUGUGACUUCUUGAGAGCUGAAUAUGGCGUCCCACCGCACUGGCGGCAAGAUGAGAAUAAAGGAAUGGUGAGAAAUAGUGAAGGGCGAUGGGUGGUUCCGGAGAGACCAAGAGUGGAAGCACUUCCACCAGACACGGCCCACCACCUUGAACAAGUGUUGAAAAAUAGUGUUGCUAGUUCUUCUCGAAAUCAUGAGGGAUCAGUUUGAUGCGGUAACCACUAACAAAGCUUUGGGUGAAUUUUAUUUCUAGUCCUUGUCAUUAAAUAUAUAAAUGAAAAGAAGUGAGUAGUCGUAGUGCAGUUGUGCUAGCUAUAAUGUUAGCUUCUAGAUACUGUUGGAGGGCCAUACUGGGGUAAAACGCACAGAUGGUUUCUACGUUAGAUGAAUUCAUGUCAUUGUAUAAUUUACUAAUGUCAAUGUAUCAGUUAAGAAAACUUACAUUUAUCAUUAGUACUUAACUGGUUUCUAUGUUUUCUUAA